AUGCCCCAUGCUACAGAGAUGGCGUCGCUCAAAAUUGCUGUUCUGGGCGCGGGCGGCGGGAUAGGCCAGUCGCUGUCGCUGCUGCUGAAGACCGAGCUGCGCAGCACGUGCCUGGCGGCGGAGUCCGGGAUCCACGUGGCGCUGUACGACGUGAACCGCGACGCGGUCGCCGGCGCCGGCACGGACCUGUCGCACAUCAACACGCCCGUGACAGUCACGUGGCACGCGCCGGGCGGCUCCGGCGCGGACGACCCGCUGGCCACGUGCCUGCGCGACGCGCAGCUGGUGGUGAUCCCCGCGGGGGUGCCGCGCAAGCCCGGGAUGACACGUGACGACCUGUACGCCAUCAACGCGCGCAUCGUGACGACGCUGGCGGCGGGCAUUGCCGCGCACUGCGAUCUGAGCCGCACGUUUGUGCUGCUCAUCUCCAACCCAGUCAACUCGCUGGUGCGCGUGCUGGUGGACACGCUUGUUGCGAGUAGCAGCGCGGGGUCUGCAGCUGCGGCCGCGCAGGAGGUGCCGCGGCGCGUGUUUGGACUGACGCAGCUGGACGCGGUCCGCGCGUCCACCUUCCUGCACGAGGCUCUGGGCCGCCAUGCACGCGAUGUGGUCCGCGUUCCUGUGGUGGGUGGCCAUUCCGGCCACACCAUCGUGCCGCUCUUCUCGCAGGCGACGGGCCAGUACGUCUCUGCCAACACCCCGCACGUGUUCACGGACGAGUUGCGGGACGGUGUUGCCGCGCUCGGAGCCGAGGCCCUCGCGCAGCUCGUGCACCGCGUUCAGUUUGGAGGAGACGAGGUGGUGAAGGCCAAGAACGGAACCGGAAGCGCUACUUUGUCGAUGGCUUUUGCCGCGGCUCAGGUGACCCGGGCUUUUGCAGAGCUGUUGCUCGGAGUCAGAUCAGAGAUUCGGGACACGCUGUACGCAAACGUGGGAGGUAUUACCAGGGUGGCCGGGGACCAGAGUCAGGAACUACACAAGCUGACGGGCGGUCUGCGUUAUGUGUCGCUGCCGCUCACAAUCACUAGCGAUGGAUUGCAGAGCUACGACACAAAGUGGGCCCGUAGUAUGACGCCGGCGGAGCAGGAGCUGUGGUCGGGCUGUGUGGAAGAGCUGCAAGGCUCUGUGCAUGAAAAGUGA